AUGGUGAUGACAGAAGAGGAGAGCACAGUGAGGGUAGUGGUUCGAGUGAGGCCCCCUACCCCAAAAGAAUUGGAGAGCCAUCGAAGGCCUGUGGUUCAGGUGGUAGAUGAGAGAAUGCUGGUAUUUGACCCAGAGGAGCCAGAUGGAGGUUUCCCUGGUCUAAAAUGGGGAGGCAGUGUCCAUGAUGGUCCGAAGAAAAAGGGCAAAGAUUUGAAAUUUGUCUUUGAUCGCGUUUUUGCUGAGACAGCCACACAGCAGGAGGUGUUCAGGCAUACCACCCACAGCAUCCUGGAUGGGGUUCUUCAGGGGUAUAACUGCUCAGUGUUUGCCUAUGGGGCCACAGGAGCAGGGAAGACACACACCAUGCUGGGAGGAGAGGGAGACCCUGGCAUCAUGUACCUGACCAUGAUGGAGCUUUAUCAGCGUCUAGAGGCCCACCGACAGGAGAAACACUAUGAGAUUCUUAUCAGCUACCAGGAGGUCUACAACGAGCAGAUCCAUGAUCUCUUAGAUCCCAAGGGUGCCCUAGCUAUCCGAGAAGACCCAGACAAGGGGGUUGUGGUUCAGGGACUCUCCUUCCAUAAGCCAGCCUCAGCUGAACAGCUUCUGGAUAUGCUGACUAGAGGGAACCGGAACCGUACACAGCAUCCCACUGAUGCUAAUGCCACAUCCUCUCGUUCUCAUGCAGUCUUUCAGAUCUAUGUGAAGCAGCAGGACAGUGUGCCAGGACUAACCCAGACCCUGCAGGUUGCCAAGAUGAGCCUGAUUGAUCUGGCAGGCUCAGAGAGGGCAUCAAGCACCCAUGCCAAGGGAGAGCGGCUUCGGGAGGGUGCCAACAUCAACCGCUCACUGCUGGCACUCAUCAAUGUCCUUAAUGCCUUGGCAGAUGCAAAGGGCCGGAAGACCCACAUACCAUACCGAGACAGCAAGCUGACCCGUUUGCUUAAGGACUCUAUAGGAGGAAACUGCCGGACAGUGAUGAUUGCUGCUGUCAGCCCUUCAGCCCUGGCCUACGAGGACACCUACAAUACCCUCAAGUAUGCUGACCGUGCCAAGGAGAUCAAGCUCUCGCUCAAGAGCAACGUGAUCAGCUUGAACUGUCACAUCAGCCAGUAUGCUACCGUCUGCCAACAGCUUCAGGCUGAGGUGGCUGCCCUUCGGGAAAAGCUCCAGGUCUAUGAAACAGGAGCAAGGACUACCCCAUCGGAGUUCCCAGAGCUGCCCAAGCCAUCUCUCUGCAUUAGCCCUCUGCAAUCAGGCCCCAGACUUCCCAACUCGCCCUCACUGUCCCAUCAUCCUAGCCAGUCCUGCUCUCUAGAGCUCUACUCAAGCCCUGAAACUCCCCAAGAGGAGAAAGUAGAGACCCAAGUGGAGGCUAAAGAGGUGAAGAAGCAUAGUUCUCAAGCCCAGGAACCAAUGAAGGAGAGGAAUGAAAACGCCAUAAAGGAGGUGCCACAGUUUCCUGUUUCAGCCAUAGAGCCCAAGCCAGGAUUGGGCAGCCUCACACCAACAGAAAUGGACAGAGACAGGACCAAGAGGCUAGCCCUGGUAGUGCUACACCUAGCCCAGCGGCAGUACUCUCUUCUCAAAGAAGCCAACCUCCUGACACCAGACAUGGUUUUGGAGUUUGAAGCAGUGCAACAGCUGGUUCAGGGAGAGAAGACAGUGCCAUGUGGAAAGGUUGGAAAGGUUGCUGAUACUCCUAGUCCAGUCAGAGGGGUACCUCUGUCCCAGGAUCUGUCCCCAGAGUCAAUACCUCCAGCAUAUUCUGGCCCCACAACACGAACCAUGGCAAGACGUCUGAGUGGACUUUUGCCCAUCCUGGGUCUUCCACCACCUUUUUCAACCCUCUCUCCCCAAAGUUCUCAGGCUCCAAGGAAGAAGAAGAGGAGGAGGUCAGAGGAAUCAAGCUCACCCAAACUGAACAGCCACUCUUCCUUUAAAUUGAGGGUCAAACGGCAAAGGAAGUCCUUGCCUAACACAGAGAAAAGUUCUGUGCCCCAGGCCUGGCCUUCCACAGGACUCAACACCCCUAAGAUGGAGGUUGCAUCCACUGAUCCCUUUCCCCACAUAUGCUCAGCCACUGUUGUCAAAAGCCGGGUGCCUCUGGGCCCAUCUUCUAUGCAGAACUGCUCUACUCCUCUCAGCCUACCUACCCACAACCUUAAUGCUACCUUUGACCUGUCCGAGGGCCCCCUCUUGAAACCUACUGCCUCUGAAUUCCUCACCUGGGAGAAUGUCCCUGCUGCCUUGAACAAGAUGGAUAAACCCUUCAUUCCUAGGGGGCCCAUGCCACUAUUCACCAUGAAGGGUCCCAAGCCAACAUCUUCCCUGCAUGGUGGCUCUGCCCGAAAGAAGAAACGCCCUUUGAGGUCCUCAGCUUCCUGUUCAUUGGCUGCUCCCCAGGGUCGGAGUCGAAUUGCCAGACUCCACAGCAGCACUAUGAAAAAAUCAGGAGGUCCCCUUGCCAUCCCAGGUAACUGGCAGGAGACAGGGAGGAGAGGUUUAACCAAGGCCAAGAAAGUACCAGAACCUUCCUCCAGCCCCCGAUGGACAGGCCGGAAGGACUCUGCAGGACUUGGAGGAGCCCCAAAGGCUGGUAUCCGGCCCAGCAGAGGCAAAUCCAUGAUCAAGGGGUCCUGAGAAUGGGAUAUGUCUCCUCUGCUUAUCACCUUGGCUCAUUCUACUGUCCCAUGCUUUUCCUGGCAUUCUGCUAACAAUAAACUCAUCCUCUAGUACACUGUCCAUUAUAAACUACCCAAUUUCCCUGACACUGC